UCGCCGCGUGUCGUGUCGCUGAUGUUUGUACUGUAGCCUUCUUGCUCAAAACUGCUCAUUCCCACGUGCGGUGGCCUCCUCAACCACCCAACUCCCCACCAUCCCUACCUCACGUGCUACUGCUCCUGCCUUGGGCCAUGCGUCUCGCCGGAUCCGUGGUAGCCCUGCUGCCCACCAUCGGCAUUGCCGCAUUCGUGCCUGCUGAUACUUCCGGGACAGACCAGCUCGCCUGCAAAGCACUCGACAACCUACGACUGCGCACUUUACGUCAACUUCCUGGCACAUCUGCGAGUCUAUCAUUGUCCAUCACUAAUCGUCGACUGCCGCGCGCCAGAUCAACAGAACCACAAGCCUACGGCGACUCUCAAUGCACCUUCGAAAAUGCAAGGGUCCGCCGGGAAUGGGACACGCUCACUGCUGAAGAAAAGCGAGCUUACAUCGACGCAGUGCUCUGCCUCAUGAGCAAGCCCAGUAUCAGUGGUGAUCUGGUUCCCGGCGCACGGAGCCGAUACGACGACUUUUUGGGCACGCACAUCAACCAAACUCUGUCCAUACAUGGGACUGGCAACUUUCUAUCAUGGCAUCGCUAUUUCACCUGGACAUAUGAACAAGCCCUCCGCGAAGAAUGCGGUUAUGAAGGGACAUUCCCAUACAUCAACUGGGGUCGCUAUGCCGAAGACCUUUACAAUGCCCCCAUCUUCGACGGCUCAGACACGUCCAUGUCUGGGAAUGGUGACCCCGAUUCCCGCAACAAUGGCACUUGGAUACCGAACGCUGCUCUUCCCCAGAUUCAACUCCCUGGAGGCGAGGGAGGCGGUUGCGUGACAUCUGGUCCGUUCGCCAACCUCACCGUCAAUCUAGGUUCUCUGGCCCCAGCGCUCUCUUAUAUCCCAGCGAACCCUCUUCCAAAUGGCCUGGGCUAUAACCCACGCUGCCUGCGUCGAGAUUUGGGCAGUUACGCAGCCGAAACAUGGCUGCGCGACCCAAAUACCACAGCGCUCAUCGCAAACAACGAUCAAAUCGGCCCCUUCCAGAGUAUCUUCCAAGGCAACUUCUCUGAAGGUUUCCUUGGCGCACACACAGCCGGUCACUUCGUUGUGGGCGGCGACCCAGGCGGAGACCUCUUCGCCUCCCCCGGCGACCCAUACUUUUGGAUCCAACACGCCCAAGUUGACCGCGUAUGGUGGAUCUGGCAAAACUACCCCGAAGACAGCUGGAAAUUCAAUGGAAUCGAAGGCAAUGAGAAGGACAGAUUAUAUGUCAUUGGCAACACGACCACAACGAACAACAUGCCACCGAGCAGGGACGCUUCGUUAGAUGACCGCGUCGACCUGGGUGUGAACGAUGGGUUCGGGGUCGGCAAGGGUGCCGAUGGACAAGGGUACAAGAUCCGAGAACUGGUCGACACGAUGAACGGAAGCCCGUUCUGCUAUUACUACGAGUAGUUUGUCGAGUCUGAGCAACCAACGAGGAAACAAGAGCGCAAGACAGACGAGAAGUCUCGCAGCUGCAAGGCCACAGAGUGGAAUAUGCAUUGCAUGAUUGGAGUUUUUGCAUCUAGCGAGUAGCAAUUGCAUUUGCAUUGAUUAGACAUAGCGAUGGUUCGCACAGCACAUAUUUGUUGAGAACGACACAAGAACAUUGCAAAAUUAGAUGCGAUUCCAAAGUACUUCCUUCUGGCAUCGUCGCGCUCGCAUGUGAGCAUAUUGUGUAAUGGUAAGCAGAGCAAUGUCAUAACUCAACCCACCCGAUUUGGCAUUAUUUCAAAAAAAAGGACGAAACGGUUCAAACAGCAGUCGACGAAG